AUGCCCAGCAAUGCUAAUGAAAUUUCAGAUCUUCAGACAAGAUUUCAUUUGAAAGCCAAAUUUCCACGAUGUAUCGGAGCCAUUGAUUGUACACAUGUUAAAAUAUCAUCACCAGGUGGCGAUAAUGCAGAGAAUUACAGAAACAGGAAAAACUUUUUUUCCAUUAAUGUACAAACCAUAUCGGACGAUCAAUUAAUGAUACGAGAUAUAGUUGCACGCUGGCCUGGUUCGUCACACGAUUCAACUAUAUUUUUCAAUUCUUCCAUCUAUAGACGUCUAGAAGCAAACGAAUUUGGAAAUGGUCUGAUUGUUGGUGAUGGUGGAUAUGCAGUGAAAAAUUACUUAUUGACACCUCUAUUAAAUCCACUCACAAGAGCAGAAAAUUUAUACCAAGAGUCCCAAAUUCGAACUAGAAAUGUUGUUGAACGAUCCUAUGGAGUUUGGAAAAGGAGAUUUCCGGUAUUAUCAUUAGGGAUUCGUUUGGAUUUAAGCAAAGUAGAAGCAAUUAUUGUAGCAACUGCUGUAUUACAUAAUAUUGCUAUUCUACAAAAAGAAAAAAUACCAGUUACUACAAAUGAAAUUCAAGAACAAAUCAAUUUAGUAAAUUCUGUCAACAAUAAUGUGACUAACGAUAAUAUUAGAAAUAAUGCAAAUGAUAGAACAAGAAAGAAUUUGAUUAAUAGACACUUUAGUGAAAUGUGUUAA